UUCAAAUCAUAAUGGGAAAACUAAAUUUGUAUUUAUUUUUUUCGAUAUCUAUUUAUUUUAUAAAUAUAGCACUGGGUUCUAAACCAGAAGAUCCGACGUAUAAGGUUGGUGUAGUAGAAUUUAAUCGUGCAAAAGGCAAUGAUGAGAAUAUAACUUUAGAAGAGAAUAUUGUUAAUGUUGGCAAUUUACUAAGAAAUUAUUUGUUUCCUGGAACACCUGGUGAAGAUGUUGAUAUUGUAAUUUUCCCUGAAUCAGUGUUAAAUACCUAUAAAAAUCCAGUUUUCGUACCGAAUCCUGACGAAAAAAAAAUUUUAUGUGAUAAAAAAGAAAAUAAUCCGGAAUUAUUAAAUACUUUAUCUUGUUGGGCUAUUAUUUUCCGUAAAUAUAUAGUAUUUAAUUUGGUCGAAAAAACAGAAUGUACUGUAGAAAGCCAAAAUGAAUUAAAUGAUGAUCGACCGUGUGGUCAAGAUGGAAUCAAUAGAUAUAAUACAAAUAUAGUUUUUGACAGAAAUGGUGCUAUAAUUGCAAGAUAUAGAAAGGUCAAUCCAUACGGAGAAACUUUAAUAAAUACAACUAUAACACCAGAUUAUUCAACAUUUGAUACAGAUUUUGGUGUUAAAUUUGGAACAGCAAUAUGUUUUGAUUUAUUAUUUAAAACUCCAAUUCAAGAACUUGUAGAAAAAUAUGGUGUUACUGAUAUUGUAUUCCCAACUUAUUGGUUUUCCGAAUUACCAUUUUUAACAGCUAACCAAAUUCAACAAGGAUGGUCAUAUGGAAACAAUGUAAAUUUCUUAGCAGCUGGUGGAAAUGCUCCAGAAACUGGUACAACUGGAACAGGAAUAUUUUCUGGUAAAUCUGGUGCACUUGUUUCAAAAAUGUACAAUUACGUGUCAUCUGAAAUGUUAAUAUCUGCGGUACCGAAAAUGGGUCGUAAAGACGGGAUUAAAAUUAACCAUCAAGGAAAUGUAUUACAUGCCCCUAAUAUAAUCCCAAAUAAAUUAAAAGGAUUAAAAAUGAAACGUGACAAGUCUGUAGAUGAAUUCGUUUCAAAACUAAUUGAAGAAGAAGGAAAUACAACCGCAGAGUUAUGCUUUGAGGAUAUUUGCUGUGAAUUUGACGUUGACGUUAAAACUUUUAGAAAACAAGAUGGUUAUGAAUAUUAUUAUUACAGAAUGGUGGCAUUUUCGGGAACUCGGACUCAUGGGAAUGGAACAAAAACAACUAAAUACAAAACCUGUGCUAUCAUUGCUUGUACAGAUGAUAAAAAUUUAGAAAGCUGUGGCAAAAUAUUUAGUGACGAAACAAAACAGCAAAAUUAUUAUUCUUUUAAUAAAAUUGUUAUUGAUGGAAAGUUCAGUGAUUCAAAGGAUGUUUUAUUUACUCCAAAUUCCGUUGAACAAUCAUUUAGACCUUUGCCGUACAGGGCAUUCAAUUUCACAGUGGAAGAUAAUGAUGACGGAAAAUUGGUUAAAAUGGAAUUAAAAGCUGAAAGUGCUGAUCUACUAACAUUUGGUAUUUACGUUCUCGAUUAUAAAACCUCAAAUGCUAAACAAAAUUUACCAAGUAUAUUCAUUUUUAGUGUUACAAUAAUGAUUUUAUGCUUUUUAAAAGAUUCAGAAAUUGUUUAAAGUUUUUUUUUCAAUACCUUAAAUUAAUUGUAAUUUAGUUAUUUGAUUUAUAAAAGUUUUUAGUUCUCAAAAUAUUUCCAAGAUAAUAUUGAUGAAUCUUUAAAAAUGAAAUAUAAUAUUUUACAUACAUUUCAGUAUUUUACAAAAAUUAGAACAAAUAAUGUUAUGAUAAGUAAUAGGUAGUAAAAAGAGAUGUAUGUACAGAUUUGUUAAAUUACUUAAAUAAAUUUUUAAAUAUAAAUUUUGCUGCUAUUUCAAAAGAACUAAAACCUUAAUAAGCAUAAAAUUUUAAAAAUCGGAAAUUAGACUAUUUGUUUUAUAAACAAUUAAAUCUUAUCCGAAAAGUAAUAUUAUAUUUAAAAUUUUGCUUGCAAUUGAACUGAUGUCCUUGAUCGAUCGUAUUUCUGGAGAAUUUAUUAAAAUUGAAUGCUGAAUGUUAUGUUUAUUCACUUUUAGUACAUAUUUUCGCUUUUGAUUAUAAAAUUUAGAACACCCGACUAAAUCUAAUGAGGAACAAAUAAUUAUAUUUAAUGUUCAGAUUAAAAUUAAUCGUUCAAAGUGUUUGUUAUAUAAUGAGAAAAUUGAAAAUUCGGUAUAUUUAGUAUUAUUGUUAAACAACAAAAUCAAGAAAUUGUUCCAUUAAUUUGUAAAAUAUUUGCCAUUCACAAAUUACGUCAGUUUAUGUCGAAUUAUUGCUAAUUUGUAAUAAUUAAUUUGUUAAAAAUUUAAAAUAGCUAUUAUUC